AUGGCGCCGGCCAACAAUGCUUCUAGCGGCGGCAACGAAGGAGAAGCGAGGUACCCGUUGAACGCCGAGUCGUACCGCCUGCUGUGCAAGAUCGGGAGCGGCGUGAACGCGGUGGUGUACAAGGCCGUGUGCCUGCCUCUGGGCUCGUCGGCGUCGGCGGUGGUGGCCAUCAAGGCGAUCGACCUGGAGCGGUCGCGCGCCGACCUCGACGGCGUGCGGCGGGAGGCCAAGGCCAUGGCGCUGCUGUCCCACCGCAACGUGCUCCGCGCGCACUGCUCCUUCACCGUCGGGAGCCACCUGUGGGUGGUGAUGCCCUUCAUGGGCGCCGGCUCGCUGCACUCCAUCCUGUCCCACGGGUUCCCCGGCGGCCUGCCGGAGCCGUGCGUCGCCGUCGUGCUCGCCGAGACGCUCCGCGCGCUGUGCUACCUCCACGGGCAGGGCCGCAUCCACCGCGACAUCAAGGCGGGAAACAUCCUGGUGGACUCGGACGGCGCCGUCAAGCUCGCCGACUUCGGCGUCUCGGCGUGCAUCUACGAGACCAUGGGCAUCAACGCGUCGGCGUCGGCGGCGAACGCGGCGGGGCUGGGGAUCGGCUCGUCGGCGUCCUGCUGCUUCAACGACGUGGCGGGGACGCCGUACUGGAUGGCACCCGAGGUGAUCCACUCCCACGUCGGGUACGGCAUCAAGGCCGACAUCUGGUCGUUCGGCAUCACGGCGCUGGAGCUCGCGCACGGCCGCCCGCCGCUGUCGCACCUGCCGCCGUCCAAGUCGAUGCUGAUGAGGAUCACCAGCCGCGUACGGCUCGAGGAGCAGACCGCCGCCGUGAGUAGCAAGAGCAAGAACAAGUUCUCCCGAGCGUUCAAGGACAUGGUGUCCGCCUGCCUCUGCCAGGAGCCGGCCAAGCGGCCGUCGGCGGAGAAGCUCCUCCGCCACCCGCUCUUCAAGGCAUCCGGCCGUCGCUCCAGGGACUUCCUCGUCCUCAACGUCCUCGCCGCCGUCCCGAGCAUCGAGGAGCGGUGCAGCAAGGACGAAGACGACGCGGGGAAUGAUCUCUGCGGGUGUGUCGGCGGCGGCGCCAGGGGCGACGCCGCACGCUGCGUGUUGCCGUGCCGACGCCACGCCGACGACGGCGGCGGCGGCGUCAAGAACCGACGGAUCAGCGGCUGGAACUUCAACGAGGACAACCUCGAGUUCGAUCCGACGACCGAGGACCCGGCGGCGCGGGCGGAGAAGAGGUGCUUUCCAUUCCAGGACCCUGUGGAGCUGGACGACGACAGUGACUCCACCGGAGAUGGAGAUAGACGGCCGCCGCCGCAUGGGGAUGGCGAUCAAGAUCACGGGAAGGCGGCGGAGGCUAUAGGGUUUAAGGAGCAACAGCAAGUGGUGACUCGGCAGCUGAUGGCCGUCCUGCAGAGCCUGGAGGUGCAAAGGGACAUGGUGACGCACGUUUUGGAACGCACCGCCGCCGGUUGCUUCGAUGUCGUCGACGUCUGUGGUGUGAGCGUGACAGCUCCAGCUCCAAGGGAGGAGGUGGAGAGGGAAGAGAUGUUGCUUGGGUACGUCCGGCAGCUGGAGCACAGGGUGGAAGACCUGAGGAAGGAGGUCGAGGAGGAGAUGGCAUGGAACGCCCGGCUGGAGAAGAUGCUGGACGAGAGAGUUAUCAUUAGCGACGGUGAGAAGAAGUGA